UCGUUCGCUAAGUACAGAAGCUCUUCAAUCGAUAAGUUCUCGAUCUCUGUAUGUUAUAGUUCAACGAGGCUGUGUUCAUCAUUACAUUUGAUAAUCGAUUAAUUACAUGAAUUCUGUCAUCAUGCGUCCAUUCCUCUUAUUGGCGUCUAAUGGUGCCAGCAGCUUGAGCUAUUUUUCUCCGCGCACGUCACACAAACAGCGCGCCAGGCUAUAUCCCUACCAGCCUAUUUGUUUGUGCGCCAGAAGCAAUCCUAUUUCGGCGGAAUGGACAUAAAGCGACACAAGAAGGCAGGAAACGGAAUGGACUUCAAAAUUAUGCCACACUAAAAUAGUUUAUUUUUUAUUUUUUUUUAUAUCUACUCUUCGAUAAUUUCACUGGGUCACGAAAGAGGGGGAUUAUGGGAUACAUUGCUCAUGGUGCUUUAUCAAAGAGAGGUUUGUUAUCAACUGUGACAGUAAGACUGCCUCACUGUCUUGAAUACAGGUGCGCUCUAUAGUCAAAUUUGGACGCAGAGCAUAAUAAUGCACAGUGAGCAGAAUGUCAACACUCGCGACUGCAUCGUCUGUUGAAUUGCAUGACAUGCACCACCUGCACCUCGGGAAAAUCGGGAUUCGGUGGAAGAUGAGGUUGUAGCCUUGGUAACCACGGCGGUGGCCACGUCUGCGGGUUUACUUAUCCUUUAUGAUUCAUGAAUCAUUUCCUCGCGGCGCCCUGGUCGGAUCGAGCGAAGACCGUAAAACAAUUUUACUGUGAAUGUAGAUUAUUUGCGAAGCUAAUGCAUGGUCGUAUCGAAUUAGGCAACCGUUGUAUGCCGUUAUUCCUGUGAACAAGCAUUCAUACGAUUCCUCCUCAGUACCAUACGGUAAAUGCUCUUGGAAACCCAGCUUACUUAAACAUACUGAAAACAACGGACUCGCUGUCAGUAAACCAGUGAAAGUGAUGCUUCGGAGGUCCGACGUCUAAUCAGAAAUACAGACUGGAAGUAGUGGUGCUGCGGGGCUUAGUAAACUCUUGCCUGUGAGGAAGCUGUUUAGCCGGGGAAAUCACGGUAGCCCAUGUGCGCUCCAGAAAUUGCUGUCAGUGCGUUUUAUAUUUGGACUAAUUGUGCCUCUUGUAUAAAUCUCUGAACAGUUCAUACAUCUAAAACAUAUAGCGACUAAAUCAUGGUGCCUGGUGCUCCAGCAACGAUGCUUCCCGCCUCCGAGGCUGCCAAAAUAUACCAGACCAACUACGUGAGGAACUCCCGCGCUAUCGGGGUUCUGUGGGCCAUAUUUACCAUACUCUUUGCUAUAGUCAACGUGGUGUGCUUCAUCCAGCCCUAUUGGAUUGGAGACGGGAUGGAUACACCCCAGGCCGGUUACUUCGGCCUUUUCCACUACUGCAUCGGCAGCGGGAUGUCCCGGGACCUGAAAUGCCAGGGCAGCUUUAUGGAGUUCAGCACCAUCCCUUCCGGUGCCUUCAAGGCCGCGUCCUUCUUCAUCGGGAUGUCCAUGGCGCUUGUCAUCGGAUGCAUCGGCUGCUUCACGCUCUUUUUCUUCUGCAGCACUGGCACGGUUUACAAGAUCUGCGGCUGGAUGCAGCUUGCUGCUGGUACGUGCCUGAUCUUGGGCUGCAUGAUCUACCCAGACGGCUGGGACAGUGACGAGGUGAAGAGGAUGUGUGGGGAGCAGACAGACAAGUACACCCUGGGAGCAUGCUCCGUGCGCUGGGCAUACAUCCUGGCUAUCAUGGGCAUCAUGGAUGCCCUGAUACUUUCCUUCCUGGCUUUUGUCCUGGGCAACCGGCAGGAUGGUCUGAUGGCUGAUGAACUGCUGGACAAAACUGGUAAUUCAAUAUAAAGAGGAAUAUGAAGCACAACGUCCACAGGUAUUGGUGCCCAUCAGAGGUAGGGAUAAUGGAACACACCGUUCCAGCUUCAUAGCCAUUACCUUAAGGUGGAAAAGAAAGCUACUGCUGUUGGAAAGACCAGGGAGAAAAAGGAACAAAUGGAAAGACAUCAUCCACCCCACCAGAACCCACUUCCUUACUGUCCCUUUCCCAUCCACACAUUACCUUGAUAUUGGCACCAUCUCUGGAACCAGCGAUCCUUUACUGAUGGAAGACUUAUUGUUGUAUGAAGUAAAACUUGUGCCCUGAGGAAGCACAGAAAGCAUAGUUUUAUAUGUAGAACUACAUGGGUUGGGGUUCACCGUUUCAAAACACAGAAACUUUCCCCUGAGCACACUACAAGGAUACAAAAGUUUAUUGUUCAGAUGUUUGGUCAGAUAGAACUGUCUUUACGGUGUCAAACUAACAUCACUGGAUUUCACCAACCUCAACUAUGGAUUCUUUCUGGACAGGUGUUUCACAACUUUGGAUGUUGGUGAGGCCAUGAGAUCUCAUUGUUCAGCCUGCUGAGCUACAGUUAAGCUCUGCGCUGGCGGACAGCAGUUAAACAGUGAUAUUUACACCAUAUUAAAUGUGACAAAAAUGUAACAUUAUUAUAGCGAAGUAUUGUAAUUGAUCCCAAUCCAGAUUCUGAGCCUUACCUGCCUUCUCUGUAUAGACGUGUUCUCUGGUAGAGCUUAGUUUGCCAUCAGGAUGUUCUUAGCGAACCUGAGGUAAACCAUGAAUCAUGUACUAAGUAGGGGAAUAGGCCUGUAAAUGUAUCAAGUAGAAAUAUCCUGUACGUGUUGGAAUAUGUUCAUACGUUCGGUCUCAUAUUUACAAUCAACGCAGUAUUUUAAAGCUACCAAUCCACGUUAGAUGUGUGAACCAUCAACCCUGCAUCCUGACAGUGUUGUGAAGGGUAACUGACAUUUUACCGUGGCAAAGAGCCCGAUUCCAUUAAGUGCUGUUAGUGUCGGGAUUACGGCGAUCCGAAUCGACUGGUAGCAACGUGUUUUUACUGCCAAGUCAAUCUUGGCCUCGGAGUAUCACUGAGAAUUUCCUAAAGCUCAAAGGGACACAAAUGGCUGAAAGGAUCUCUGGUGCCUCCAGAGCCAAUAGUAUAGUCUAGUCCUGUAACAAGCCUAGCACUGCCACACCCACACCCACACCCACACCCACCAUGUCGCCCCAGUAAAUGUGUCUAGUCUGUUUAUAGGGCUACCGGGCUGAAGGGAGCUCCAAUAUGAACAACAUAUCCCCACUAAGUUAAUGCGGGAACCUGGUCUGUUGCCAGCUGUGUCUUUCACACUGUAUCCACGGCUGCUGGAGAAGUCUGGGGGGGGGGGGGGAAUAAAAUACACGGUGAGAAAGCAGGGAUACGGUUUGUCCUGGGGUUUCCAUGUAAAUAUGACACUUGUGUGCGGGUCAAAACUAGGAAACUCAGAAAUAUCAAACGUGCUACCUAGUUGUAGGCCAAGUAAGUGUUUAAAUAAGUCACGUGGUUACCAAUCGUGUCCUAGUUCUGACUAGCACCUGAACACGGAUAUAGUCAGUCAUACGCGUGUACAUAUUACAUAAAUUAAUGCUACACAACUUACUAGCAGGUGAAAAUGUGGUGAGGUCAAUAAACAUUUGCUUAAAGCCAA